AUGGGACAUACCGGUGCCCCUUACUCUCCCCCUCCUUCCCCGCCAAAAUCGCCAGAGUCACCAAAAUCGGGAAUGUGGUUAAAGAUGAACGAUGGUAAAGUCUUUUCCCACAAAUCUACGGAGUUGGGAGUUAUACCAAAGUCGAUCGAAAGUGUUACGCAACAACCCUUGUUAAAUUCGAAUGUUGUUAUUCAUCCAUAUGAUAUUUAUUCUAAAACCUCGGCAAACGUCGCAACUUAUGAAACCCAAAUUCAUCAAAUCCAUGAUACCCGAAUCUAUGAAACAAAAUCCGAAACCUCAAAACUUAUCGAAAAACCACCCCAAGUUGAAACUCAAAAGUUGUCCAAAAUGAGUAUAACCUUUAUGUUAGAUAAUCCACGUGAUGAAACAACUUCCUUACCCACUACAAAAGAUGAUUCCGAACUCGGUAAAGAAAUCGAUCGUAAAGUUUAUGCUGGAAGGAAACGAAGGGGUCGUAAGAAUCCUUACCCCAUGAGGGCUCCCCCCAAGGACGCCCCAGGGAUAAAUCACAAGGUUGACGUUUAUAUGAAAGACCCCGCCGUCAUUAUGCGAAGUAACGUAACUUCAACCGUGAAAUCAUCCACAAAAUCAUCCGCAAAUUCGGUCGGACGUUCAUAUACCCCGCUUCAAACGUCGUCAAAAAAGUCCGAUGAAAUCGAAUCAAAUCAUGAACCGAUGACAGAUAAGGGGUCAAAAGUUGGUCUAAAGAGCAAGGGAAAACCGCCGAUGAGAAGGCAACGUCAAUCAAGACGUUCAGGAGCCGUCAAACCCGAACGAAAGCGAAAGGGAAAUAGCUUGGCCAGAGUAAUGGCUGAUCGAGGACUUUUGGAAUCUAUUUUUAACGCCGUUAUCGCUUCUGAUAUCAAGUCGGUCAGAAUUCCACCUCCGCAACCAAUGCAACAUCAAGAGUUGAUGAAAGCGAUCAAGGAAUUAAAUGUAGAUCAUAGUAUCUUGGAUAAUUACACUCCAAGCAUAGCUUGGAAAGGUCAACCCCUCAAUAUUUCACAUUUACCUCAUUAUGAAGAUUUGCAUGAGACUGAAGCAAGUGUCGUUUCAAUCCUUCGCCUCACUCCGGUACAAUACUUGACUGGUAAACAUACUCUUGUCUCCGCCGCUAAUAGAUAUAUUCAGAGGAACUUGCCAUUUAAGAAGAGCGAUGCCCAGAAGCUUUUGCGCAUCGAUGUAAAUAAAGCCAGCAAGCUCUGGGAAUUCUUCCGUCAGGUCCGAUGGAUCUAA